CCUAUAGCAGGAAGCCGGUGUCAGAGCGAGGAAACGGGAAACUGAAAGUGUUAGAUCUCCAAGGCUGAGCAAAAGUACGUCAACUUAGAGGCUUUCAUUUAAGGAUAUUUCCAGUGACCAGGGAAAAUGUCACGCAGAUAUGACUCCCGGACAACAAUCUUUUCACCUGAAGGACGUCUGUACCAGGUGGAGUAUGCGAUGGAAGCAAUCGGUCACGCUGGAACAUGCCUCGGGAUUCUCGCCAACGAUGGAGUGCUGCUAGCAGCAGAGAGACGCAACAUACACAAACUACUUGAUGAGGUCUUCUUCUCCGAGAAGAUCUACAAGCUCAACGAGGAUAUGGCUUGUAGUGUUGCUGGGAUCACAUCAGAUGCUAAUGUACUCACAAAUGAGCUGCGACUUAUUGCACAGAGGUAUUUAUUGCAGUACCAGGAGCCGAUUCCAUGCGAGCAGCUGGUCACAGCUCUGUGCGACAUAAAGCAAGCAUACACGCAGUUUGGAGGUAAGAGACCGUUUGGUGUGUCUCUGCUGUACAUGGGCUGGGACAAACACUACGGCUUCCAGUUAUACCAGAGUGACCCCAGCGGUAACUAUGGAGGUUGGAAGGCAACCUGUAUUGGUAACAACAGUGCUGCUGCUGUGUCCAUGCUGAAACAGGACUACAAAGAAGGGGAAAUGACCCUGUCCUCUGCUCUGGCUUUGGCCAUCAAAGUCCUCAACAAAACAAUGGAUGUCAGCAAGCUCUCAGCAGAGAAAGUUGAGGUGGCCACCCUGACACGAGAAGACGGAAAAACAAAAAUCAAGGUGCUGAAACAGAAGGAAGUUGAGAAACUCAUCAAAAAACACGAGGCUGAAGAGGCCAAAGCUGAAAAGGACAAAAAAGAGAAGGAGCAGAAGGAGAAAGAUAAAUAAAAAAAAAGCAAAGAAUUUUCCUCUGUUUCAUCAAAUCCUGUAUUGUUUCUGUCUUUUUCAAUAAAUGCUUGGAAAUCA